AUGGCGUCCGAAAACGUCGCGGAGGAGGAAGACGCAGGUCAACUGAAGCUCGGAUCAGAGUUCAGUCGAGCCAAGUGCCUCAUGAACGCCGAGGUGGCUCUCAUCCUCGAUAAGAAGCUCGAGAGCCUCCGGGAAAACAACGUUGAUCCCAUGCUACAGCUUAAUUCGGUGCUGGAGAAGUCACUACAGUACGUGAAACGGUCCAGCCGUUAUCAGAACCCUCAAGCGGUGAAACAAGUCAGGGAGGCAUUGGCUGGCAAGGGCAAGCUGCACGAAUUUGAAGUGUGUGUGAUAGGCAACCUGGCACCUGACACUGUGGAUGAGGCCAAGUCACUCGUGCCUUCACUAGCUAUGGAUGGCAGGGAGCCAAUGAUUGAUGAUGACCAGAUAGAAGCCAUGCUUCAAGACCUAAAAACAAUUCGGACAUUUGAGUAG